UCUCACCUGAAUCAACUGCUGAGCAGUUUGGGCUUGAGAAGAAGUUCCGAUAAUCUCAACCGUCAUCUCACUAGGAACUCCCUUAGUCUCUUGAAUGGUAAUNAUCCCGAUCCCAUCCACUCUCUCGAUUUGCUAUCGGCUCACUACUUAACUCAUCAAAACCCCCCUCCAAUUCUCGAGCCUACAGUUCCGUACAGUGAGGAUGCCUGCCAGGGGCCUUCCGGCCCAAAAUCCACCAAAAAGGAUCGGCACAGCAAGAUAAACACGGCCCAAGGCCCAAGAGACCGACGGGUCCGCCUCUCUAUCGGCGUGGCCCGCAAAUUCUUUGACCUCCAGGAAGUUUUGGGCUUCGACAAGCCCAGCAAAACCCUCGACUGGCUCCUCACAAAGUCCCGCUCCGCCAUCAAACACCUCGUCGCAUCCAAAAGCAGCGUGAUUUCCUCUGACGACGACGAAUCUGACCAAAUAAACAAUAACCUCACUCAAGAGAAGAAAAGGUCGGAGAAGAAGGGAAAAUCGAGCAAAAAGAAUAAUAAUAAUAAUAGUUCGCAACAGCUGGCAGCAAAGGAGUCGAGAGCAAAGGCACGCGCGCGGGCCCGAGAGAGGACGUGGGAGAAAAUGUGCGUCAAGCAGCGAAUAUUGGGCACGACGAGCAGCACUACCGGAAAUUACAAUAAUAACCACGAUUUGCUACAUAAUUACAUCAACGGCCAGCUGGAGGCCUGUAGGGCUUACGAGCUUCAUAAUCAUGAUGACCUAAUUAGGGAAUCCGAAGCCGCCGCCAACAAGAGGAAGGUCAACGCCGCCCAGACUUCUUUGACUUUCGGGUUUGAUAAUAAUAGUGCUCCGUGUCCGUACAGUAGUAGCGUCGGCGAGGGGGGCUGCUGGGACAAUAUGGCUAAUUUCGAGUCCAGCUUGAGUGCUAUUUUGGAUCAACACAAGUUCAAUGUAUUCGAACAACUAGUGAGAUGGGUUUUGGACGAGAUUAAAUGUUUGAGGAAUAUUAAUGUUUACGGCCAUUGCCCCGUGGUCCUAGGGUAA